AUGGUGGAAAACCGAAUAGGAGUUAUUGAAUCUCAACCACAUGAGAGAAAUUCAUCAGAAAUACCAUCAACUUCUUCGUCAAAAUUAUGUUUUGAAUAUUGCCAAAAGAAAUGGAAAAAGAUUUUAUUUAUUAUCAUUCUAUCAAUAUUAGUAGUCAUUGGAAUUUCUUUUGUGACAAAAAUUGUGGCAAAUAAAUAUUCAGGAAUAUUGAUAACUAAAAUAAGAAAAACAACCUCGACAACAACUUCAACAACAACUUCAACAACUACUGCGACUACAACUUCAAUAACAACUUCAACAACAACAACUAGAAAAUGGACUGAUGCUGGGCGAUUGAAUAUACCUCGGGAAUAUCAUUCAUCAACGGUAUUAUCCGAUGGAAAAGUAUUAGUUACUGGUGGACAGUUUAAGAGUUCUAUUGUUUCUGAUUGUGAAUUAUAUGAUCCAUUAACAAAUCAAUCGACACUCGUCGCAAAGAUGUCUGUUGAAAGAAAACAUCAUACUGCAUCUUUAUUGUCAAAUGGAUUAGUAUUAGUUACUGGAGGCGUAAAUGAUGGCACGACUCAUAAUAGCGCUGAAUUGUAUAAUGUAUCAGGGGAUAAAUGGAUGUUGACAAGAAAUAUGACAUAUUCACGAGCUGAGCACAUAGCAACUGUCUUAAAUAAUGGAACCGUAUUAGUGACUGGUGGAACCGAUAUGGAUUCUAAAGUGUUAAGAACUGCUGAAUUGUUUGACAUCUCGACAGGUAUAUGGACAGUGACAGAAGCAAUGACGUAUUUUUGUUUUUCAUCUAGUGAUUAUGAUCGCAGUGAAUUAUAUGAUCCAAUGACAAAAACAUGGUCACUGCUAAACGAAAUGAAUCUUGUACGUGAAGGUCACACAUCAACUGUAUUAAGUGAUGGAAAAGUUUUAGUCACAGGUGGCUUUAGUGCUGUGGUUCAAAUAUCAGAAUCUGUUGAAUUAUAUGAUCCAUCCACGAAAAUGUGGACAGUCACAAAACAUAUGAAUUAUCGACGUGUGCGUCAUACUGCAUCUUUAUUAUCAAAUGGAAUAGUCUUGAUCACUGGUGGAACUGAUGGUCAUACGAGGCUAGAUACUACUGAAUCGUAUGAUCCAUCAACAGAUACUUGGUCUUUAAUCAAUUCGAUGAAGAUAGGUCGUCAAUAUCAUACAGCAUCCACAUUAAUGGAUGGGCGAGUGUUAGUUAUUGGUGGAAUUCGUUACGAUGACAAUGACAAUGCAGAUCUCACAGAACUCUAUUAG